CACAAAAGAAUUAUUUUUGCAUCAAUUUGUCGAUGCAUUCAAGAGUUUUAAAUUAGUUUCAAUUUGUUUGUCACCUUAACAACGCCAUAAAAAUGCUUUGGACAUUAUUCGUGUUAAUUUUAACUGUGUUAUUAGUUUUAUACAAAUAUUUAACCCGAAAUUUCAAGUACUGGCAAAAGAAAGGUGUCCAUUUUGUAAAACCAACAUUCCUGGUCGGUAAUAUAGGCAGCUUAUUAACCUUCAAAAAAUCUAUUGGUACAUUCCUUGGUGAUUUGUACCUCAACACUGACGCUGACAUUAUUGGGAUAUGGAUCUUCAACACACCGCAUUUGGUGCUCAAAAACGUCGACAUUAUCAAAUCAGUCUUGGUGAAAGAUUUCAAUCAUUUCGCGUUUCACGGCGUGUGCAACGAUGAGAAAGCAGAUCCGGUAUUUUCCCGCAUGCUUUUCGCCUCGGAGCCGACAUAUUGGAAAGCCAUGCGUGUUCAUUUAACACCGUUGUUUUCCAGUGGGAAACUAAAAAACAUGAUACCGUUAAUUAACACUGUGGGUGAUGAUAUGGAAAGGUAUUUAUUAAGCAAGUGUGAAUUGCAUUCGGGAAAAAUGCGUGCAACGUUAGAACUUAAUGAAGUAUGCGCGAAAUUUACAACGGAUGUUAUCACAUCGUGUGCGUUUGGUAUGAAUGCGAAAAGUUUCGAGCAUGAAGACGCAGAGUUUAGGAAAGUUGGACGGAAAAUGUUCGACUUUACCAUUGGGAAUGCUCUGCGGGGUAUAAGCUACUUUUUUAUUCCAUGUUUGCCAAGAAUAUUAAAGUUUACCUUUUUUCAACCGGAUGUUAAUGAAUUUUGCCGCGAGGCGUUCUGGUACGUUGUUAAUGAACGAGAAAAAAGUGGUUUGACACGAAAUGAUUUGAUUGAUACAUUGAUUAAGAUGAAAAACGGUGAAUCUUUAAAUGAAUUUAAAUUUGGCGACACUGUAGUAGCGCAAGCUAUGCAAUUCUUUGCAGCUGGUUUUGAGACAACCAGUAGUACAAUAACAUUUGCUUUAUACGAACUAGCAAUAAAUCCACAACUACAAACAGAAGUACGAAAAGAAAUAAAUCAAGUUUUCUUAGAAAAUCCUGCAAUAACGUAUGAAAGUCUUAUGGAAACACCACUACUUGAUAAAGUUAUUAAAGAAACACUACGUAAAUAUCCAGCGUUGCCAUUUCUGAAUAGAGAAUGCAUCAAAGAUUAUAAAAUACCAAACACUGAUGUGAUUAUUGAGAAAGGCACGCCGAUACAGAUUCCGAUGUUUGGCAUCCACUAUGAUCCGAACUAUUUCCCAAAUCCGCAUAUUUUUGACCCUGAAAGAUUUUCCGAGGAGAACAGCAAGGAAAUUCCGCAGUGUGCGUACAUUCCAUUUGGGGACGGCCCUCACAACUGUAUCGGAGCAAGAUUAGGUUUAAUUAUGACCAAAGUCGGCUUGCUUUAUGUUUUGCGGCGCUUUGAAGUGAAAGCGAAUCAAAACACACCAGUGCCAUUAAACUUUGAUCCAAAAAGUUUUGUUUUGCAAGUUAAAGGAGGAAUAUCGAUCGAUUUAUUACUCGAUUAACUAAACACACUCUAUUAAAUACUAGAAAGGUCAUUCUCUUGGUCAAAAUAGAUUUAUAUUCAAUUUCUUUGAAUUGUUGUAUAAAAUUAAUUUUAUCUUUUUGUUUAUGCAAAAACAAGUCGUAAUUUUUUUCAAUUGCAUUUUGUUUACGUUAAUCAAACAUCGCAAACGGCAAAUAAUUGCAAAUUAAUAAACACUUCAAUAAUACAUAGACCAACCGGUUUUUUGCCACUCAAAUUGUCAAUCAAAUUCUGCGCUAAAACUCAAUUCAACACGACAAUAAUACCAUUAGCUGAUAUGACCUCUACCUUGAAUGAAUCAAAGUCAAACAUGUGCGUGCUUCAAUGAAAAAAUUAUCUUAAAAAAUAUGACAUAAAUUACAAUAAUUUGCAAUAACAAAUUAACAUCUGUCAUGAUUGCCGUUUUAAUUAAAUUUAUUAUCAAAACAUUAUCCUUUCCAAUACACUCCUUCCUCAUGUUUUGAUAUUACAAAGCAGUUUUGUUAUCUAAUACGUCGACAUAAGAUUUUUUCAAACCCUUCUUAACCUCCUCCCACCCACUCUUACCCAACUACACACUUAUGUAAGUUAUUUAACGAGCGGAAUCUGCAACUUUGGCGGCAAUUGCGCAAAAUAUCACUGAAUUAUCAGACACGAGCUUGCUGACGAAAAUAUGUAUUCGUGAUAAACAAUUAGUGCGUUAUUACAUGUUUUAAGA